CCUAGCUAACACUUUAUUAAUAGCUUGUCAGUGUUUGCGAAGGAUUGGAAACACACACAUGGCAUUUACACAAAUUAUAAUUCUAAAAGAAGUAUAAAUGGUUGAAAAUGUAAUGUCAAAAAAGUUUCCUGAAAUGUUCGCUUUCGGGACUGUAUAUUUUUCCGCACUUUGGGCGUUAGCGACGUUUAAGGUCGCAUUCUUUUUACAUUAAAACAACGACAAUAACAUCUUUAUAGAUAGAAUUUCUUGUCCACUUAGGCUACAUUUGAUAAAUGUUCAUGUGUUACAUUGUAAUUAACACACUAAGGAACGGCACACAUUAUUUAUUGCACUAACACUUCAGUGCGCCACAUAAUAACUUCAGAGAUAACACAAGUUAUGUUACAGUAACAAUAACAACACAAAAAUACAUCCUACAUCUAUUCAUUACAUUUCUAAAUGUCCAGGAUUUGUGUGCAGGUUUAUAUUUCUCUCUCUCACCCUUGUAACUAUCUUCUUUGCUUUUGUUUCACUGGGAUUACUAAACAUUUAUUACUAUUAGUUAUUUAUAGUAGUUACUGUGUAGCAAAUUUUGAGAUAAAUAAUGUUAGACAAGAUAUUAGAAGAGAUAAGAGUUUACCAGGAUGAGGUCGUGAUAUUUUUGCCUUUUCCACAGACAUGCCCAGAAGUUAUUGUACUGGACACUAGAUAGGGAAGAACAAAUUCCAUAUCUGAAAGAAAUUUAUGACAACUCCACUUCCCAUGUAUGCAGACUCAUCUUUUAAUCUCCUAACUCUCAUGAAGCUUAGCUAUGCCUUAUACUGUCAAACGACCAAAGAAAGUACAGCCUCCACUAAAACAAAAUGUCAGAAAGUCUAAAUCAUUCACUGAGAAAAGGCGAGCAGUAAAUUCAAGCAAUCCCAGGACCCCAACAACACAGAAACGUCAAGUAACCAGAAAGCCCAAAGCAAAGAAACAAGCGACUAGGGUGGACCAGAGACGCGUCAUCAGAAAGGUCACCAGUAAAGCCAUCCCAGGAAGAGCAAGCAAAACCAAUAAGAAGUUUAAGGUGACAGAAUCUGUCAGGUGCACACGCAGCUCUCAGACUCAACAUGGCCUGUUUUCAGACCUCCCGGGCAGGAGGAGGUUGUUUGAAGGCAGGCGGUUGUCUCCGAUUGUCCUGCAGGAACUGAAGACUUCCAGGAGGAGGGUGGUCACUAAAAAGACCAACAAAGGCCAGGAGACCAGAGAACAGGAUAAUAUGAAAAACCCAGAACUUUGUGACCCCAAGAGUGAUGUCCAACAAAACAAGCCACUUGUUCCUGACAGAGGGCAUUCCCCCUUUAACGCAGGCUCUGAAGAAGCAACAGUGGAGGAGGACAGAGGAUCACUUGUUCCGAAUGCUGCUAAGGUGGAGGAGAAGACGGCAGAGGUCACCGCUGAACUGUUUGAAAGUGAAAACAACCCUGGCCCCAUUCAAAAUGCUGACAAACCAAACACUGAGUUCAGCGAUUUGCUUGUGAACCCGUGUGAGUCGACCAUUAAAGUGGACUUUGGUUGUACACUCAAUACCUCAGAUCUGACAGCAUCCACACUUUCACAAUCACAUGAUAUUGAGACUCAAAUCACUCCACAACUCUCUUCUCAGCUAGAUGUGUUUGUGGUGCCCCCUGAUAGUAAAUCACUUAAAGAAACAGCAACACUUCAGCACACUCCAGAUGCUUCCCAAGUGCCAGGCGGAGAGUACCAGUGCAACUUAGACCUGAAAACCAAAGAUGUGAAUAAUGUGGAUGUGAAAACCAAAGAUGCGAAUGACAAUGAUGAUGAGAUGUACAACAAGAAUGAAGGUGCACUGUCACUCCUCUCAUUGAGUGAAGGUUUUUACUGCAGCUAUUUAUCCAGCCUGGACUGUGAGUCUCAAACAACGGCAUAUUACCCACCUAAACUGUUGAGCAGCUCAGAGAGCACUCAGUCCUCUUUUGACACUGAAUCAGAGGCUGGAGGUUCAGGACCAUAUCCAGGACCAGGGAUAUUGGAUGCUUCUUCCAACCUGGAGGCAGAAUUACACCAGCAUUUACCCCAUUUUCAGGAGAGAAGAGAGAUAAAGAAACGGAGAAGAUGUGGGGCAUGUGUGCCCUGUCUUCGCAAGAUCAAUUGCGGACAAUGCAGCUGCUGCUUAAACCGAAAGACUGGCCAUCAGAUCUGUAAGCUCAGGAAAUGUGUGGAGCUGAAAAAAAGGCCCCAUCUGAUCUCUGCUGAAGAGGUGAGAUGCAAAGAUCUUUCCAAACCACAGAAAAAGAACCGAGUCUCCAAGGUUGAGUCACAGGGCAUCUCAGUAAAUGGCACUAGAUCAGAGCAGAUGGAGGAGGAGGUGCCAGAGGACGAGGCAUGUGAUGUAUCUCAAGAACACUCUGCUCCACCUGACUCACCCACGCCACUCCAGCACGGAGCAGCACCAAUGUCAGCUGAGAAUGAUUUCCGGCCUGCUGUCAGCCACCAUGACCAUCCUACUCACCAUGACUCUCACAGUGGUGCUAAACAUGUAAAACCAAACACUGAGAAACUUACAGAUCACACCAAAACACAGACUGAGCCCCAAAGGACCUUGAACAUGCUCACCAGCAUUCAGCCGCCCGAGGCACUCCCUGAACCGAUGGAAAAUGGAAAGAUCAAAAUGGAAGAGCAGAGCAUGGUGGCAGAUGAAAAAUUUACAUCCCACUUAGGCAGUAAUGCCUACUGUGAAGAUGCUUUGUCUACACUAGCAACUGUAGUAUGUUCCUCCAUCACCGAUAGGAAGGCUUUGGAAGAGAAGCUGUUUGGUCCACGAACCUCCGAUAUCUGUUCUUUUAAAAGUGAACAAGAGGAACCAUCUCGGAGUCAUAAACACAAAGAACAGACUUUUAACAAUCAAGGAGAGGGUGAUAACCCUCAUCUUAAAGACUCGUUUGCACUGUCUUUUCCCAAUAUCCAGUCUUUAGUUGAGCAUAGGAGCAUAAGCAUUGAUCAGGCCAUAGCUAUUGAGGCCUUAACCCAGUUGGCAGCUACCCCAGAAACAGUGUCCUUCAAAACAGAUUAUCAGGGUCAGAACCUGCAGAAUGAAAGCACAUUGUCCAUGAAUUUUGCAUCAAGCAAGCCUAUACCUCUUCAAGAAGCUAAGUCUGUAUCAGAGGUUGUUUCCAAUAAAGUCCCCGUAAUUAGUUCAUCGUUGCAUCAGACAUCUGUUAUUUGCAGUCCGCUCAACAGGCAAGAAAAUUCCAGCCACCGCAGCACAUCCACCCCCAACAAACUGUCUUUACACGAUCUCUUAAAGGCUAGCUCAGAAUGUGAAAAAACCUUGCACACCCAAGAGAAUGGAAGAUUAAGUCAAGCACUUUGUAAAACAGAGAGAAUAGAUGGCACUUUUAAAAAGAUUAAACAUGUUGAUAGGUCACACAGUUCAAGGAGGAGAGAUGAAGAGGAGGUUGCUGCCCAGUUGGUGCAGCUUGCAUUCAUGAUUGAAUCACAACACAAGCCAGUAUCUUAUGAAAACAGUCCACCCAAGGGUACGUCAGUUCAGGCCAUAAAAUACAAUCAUCACACCAUUGGGCAGCAUUUAAAGAGGCAAAGCAAAGCAAAAUCAACCUCGUCAUGUCCAAAGUUAUCAAGAAAGAGAGCCACUGAGACUGAGGGAGGCAAUCACAGGAUACCACUAGCUAAGAGAUCACCCAAUGGCAAAGCACCUCCCAAGAUGAAGGGUAAAAGGGAGGCCUUACAACAAAAGGCUAAAUUGCACUCCAAAAGGAAUCCUUUUAUGCCCCAGACACAAAUAGACUUGAAAAAAUACCUUGGACAUGCUAAUAAUGAAAAUAGGCGACUUUUUACUUUCAGCAACUCCCACAAGAGAGAGCACUUAGACCUGCAGACUCUCAUGAGCUCGGGGAAUCAGAACACUCAGCAUUUCAAAACAGACCAUACAGGUCUUGGUCACUGCCAUGGCAAUCAGUGUCAACCAAAUGGACAUUGUCUUAGUCUUACUAAUGGUCACCUAGGUGCUACUCAAGGUCAGAGACGUGAAUGUGAAGAACAUUUUAUUUCUCAGGUAUCGAAAACCUACAGUGUGUUGAAUCAUGGUGCUAAACCACAAGCCCCCUGUGCCAUGCCUAAUGUUCAAAGGCCAGAUCCAUCAGCGAGUCCAGGGAGGCAACAUAAAGCAAACAGUCUCAACUGUGAGUCACGUCAGACUUUCGUUGAUCAGAACGGGUAUUACAAAGUUGAGACAUCCGGCUCUGUGACCGUCUUGUCCGUGUCAGGUCAGCAUAUGGAAAACGGUGACGUACAAUGUCGUGGAGAAAACACUCCUACCAAGCACAUUCUCGAAAGGUAUUUAGAAUCUCCAUUAAAGUUUCUGGACACCUCAGCCAAGAAUCUGAUCAACACUCCCUCAAAAAAAACACUGGAACCCCCUUCCUGCGACUGUAUAGAACAAAUCGUUGAGAAGGAGGAGGGCCCAUUCUACACACACCUUGGAGCUGGGCCAACUGUAGCGGCAGUGCGAGAGAUGAUGGAGAACAGGUAUGGGGAGAAAGGCAAAGCUGUGCGCUUAGAAGUUGUGGUAUAUACAGGAAGAGAAGGGCGGAGCUCACAGGGUUGUCCAAUAGCCAAGUGGGUUAUCCGUCGGGGCAGUGAAGAGGAGAAGCUGCUGUGCCUGGUGCGUCAGCGCGCGGGUCACUGCUGCCAGAAUGCAGUUGUGGUCAUCCUCAUCUUAGCCUGGGAGGGCAUCCCACGCAGCAUGGCUGACAGACUGUACCAGGAUCUCACCAACACUCUCUACAAAUACGGUUCGCCCACUAGCCGACGCUGUGCCCUCAAUGAAGAUCGUACCUGUGCUUGCCAAGGUCUGGACCCAGAGACCUGUGGGGCCUCAUUUUCUUUUGGCUGCUCGUGGAGCAUGUACUAUAAUGGUUGCAAGUUUGCACGCAGUAAAGUGCCCAGAAAGUUCCGUCUGCAGGGUGACUACCCCGAGGAGGAGGGGAGGCUUGAAAACAAUCUACAAAAUCUGGCAACAGAUGUGGCUCCUGUGUAUAAGAGACUUGCACCUGAGGCUUAUCAAAACCAGGUGGGGCAGGAAAAGUUGGGGCAAGACUGUCGCUUGGGCACAACAGAGGGUCGUCCAUUCUCUGGUGUGACGGCGUGUGUGGAUUUUUGUGCUCAUGCUCAUAGAGACACACAAAACAUGACAAAUGGGAGUACUGUGGUGUGCACUUUAACUAAGGAGGAUAACCGUGCAGUGAGAAACAUUCCAGAGGACGAGCAACUUCAUGUUCUGCCUCUCUAUAAGAUCUCAGAGACUGAUGAGUUCGGGCAGGUGGAGGGCCAGACAGCUAAGAUGGAGACUGGAGCCCUGCAGGUGCUUUCUUCUUUCCCAAGAGAAGUACGUAUGCUGUCUGAGCCUGUCAAGUCUGCACGCAAGAGAAGACUGGAAGCCAAGAGAGAGAGAGAGAAACAAAGCCGCCAGGAAAAGAAGCAGGUCAUCCAAGCAAAGAAGAAGAACGAGCCCCUCAAAGGUUUUAAAAGCACUUCACCACAUUUUAAGAUGGAGCCUGAGAAUUACUGUCCACCAAUGAAAGUGACUCCAGAAAAAGGGAUGAGCUUUUUAAAUUUAAUCUCAUCAUCCAGCGUUUACAGCAGCACAGACUGUACUCCACAAGUGGGCCCUAGUGAACACACUGCAGCACUUUCUCCCUACUCUAACUGCAACCUACCUGCCCCUCCCCAGUACGUCACACAGAAGCCCUACAAAAACCAGCAGCAUACACACGGCUCCUUAGACACCAAGUCCAUAGGUUUUAGUGACUACCAUUUUCCUGUAAAGACAGAACCCAAGGAGGUGCACUGCUUCCAGGGUGGCGCUUCUCCGAGAUUGCUUUCCCCAGCCCAGGCCGAUGGUCUCCACAGUCGACUGAACCAAGUACAACCGAGCCUCGAUAACAACUACCACCAUGGUCCACCCACAACCUUACGACCCCUGACUCCAGAAGAGGUUAAAGCUGAGGAGGUGUGGUCAGACAGCGAACACAACUUCCUGGAUGGGGAUAUCGGUGGGGUCGCCGUGGCCCCGUCCCAUGGCUCUAUACUCAUCGAAUGUGCUCGGCAUGAGCUUCACGCCACCACUCCCGUUGUGCGCCCUAAUCGCAGCCACCCCACUCGCAUCUCUCUCGUCUUCUACCAACACAAGAGCCUCAACACACCAGGCCAUGGCUUGCUCCAGUGGGAGGCCAAGAUGGCUGAAAAAGCCAGGGAGAGAGAAGAGCAGGCAGAGAGACUGGGAGCUGAAGCUUCAAAUGUUGGAAAGUCAAAGGCAGUUAUGAGAGAUUUAGAAGGUGAAGAGGAAGAUGUUUGGCAAGAUGAGAUGGAGGAGCUAAAGGUCCCUACUCGCCAAUCACUAACAGCUACUCGGGACAACGUCAUCACAUCAUCCCCUUAUGCUCUUACUCAUGUUACUGGGCCUUAUAACUGCUGGACAUGACCGUGGCCAUGCCACUUUUAGCUAAUGCCUUACCUCAAUCAGAUCUCUCUGUUUUUAACACAUGCUUUUUUUUUUAUAAACAUAUAGCUCUACAUCUCAGCUUUUCAAAAAAUAAUGCUGACUACAUUCGUCAGUUUUUAACUGUGAGAUCUGGUGUCUACAUGUUUUUUCUUCUUUUUUUUUAAGAGAUGGUGCUCACAAAAGAUGUUUUAAAAGCUGGUUUUAUACAAAGAGAUGGAAUUAGUGCAUAGAAGAUGUGACUAUUUAUUCUGAAUGUUUUACUUUUUUCUUUCUUUUUUCUUUUUCUUUUUUUUUUCUUCUUUUUUUUUUUUUUGCAUCAGUUUGUAUUUAAUUUCUGGUCCAAGCCUGUUUACUGCAAUAUUACUGUGUCAAACUGAAAAUGACGUGUGUAGUAAACACUCUGAAUUGACAUUGUGAAAUGUGAAUUCUAUUGUUUUUGCCUCAGCUUGGGUGCUCUUUUCAGUAGUUGCUGUUUUAUGGUGCCAUUGUAGCAGUAACUUACUGAAUAACCAGUAUUGUGGUUGUUGGAUAGAUUUGAACAUGUAGCAUUGGUUUUUAUCAUGUGAUGAAGGUACUUAGAUGCAGAAUUAUUCCCAUUACACAUUGUGUUGUUUGGAGAGAAAAAAAAAGCACUUUGAAACAACUUGACUUUUGAAAUGUCCAGUAUGCACAGUUUUUGUUUUGUUUUGUUUUGUUUUGUUUAUAAGCGACCUCUUUUAUCCAGUAUCUGUAUAUGUUCUUUGCUAAGUUUAUUUGGAACCCAUCAGGAUUUGUUGUUUUUUUGGGUUUUUUUUGAAACCAUGCUUUAUGAAAGCAAUAAUCAUGGAAGGUUAUAUGCUGCAUUUUGAUAAUGUGUGGAAUCUAAACCAUUUUAUUACUGGAAUUUGCAUAAAAUACAAUAUUACUAGUUUCCCAGUUUAGGUUUUUCAGUUCACACAGAGUUUAAAACAAGACUUGAAAAAAUGGCAUUUUAUAUAAUCUGACAUAAAAUUUUGUCACGUGUGCUAAAAUGCAUCAAUAGUUUUACUGUAUGUUUCUCCAUGGUGCUUUUUUUUUGAAGACCUACUAUAUAUCCAACUGAAAGUAGAUCUUUUUUUUAUUAUUGAUUUAUGGUGUUUUUUAUUUGAAAUAAAUCAUGCUAUGUUUUACAAUUUG